ACGCGAUCUGUGAUUCAGGCCGACGAGCAGCAAGGCGUCUCCACACAAAGGGUUCUGGUUGGCGACAUCGGCGGCACCAAUGCCCGGCUGGCAUUGGCGGACGUCGGGCCGGAUCAGGAAGUGUCCACCGUUUUUGAGAAGUGGUUUCCCACAAAAGAUUACACCUCAUUUGUCGAUGUGCUGGACGCUUUGGUGGCGGAGGAAUCUGUGCAAGUCGCUUCUCCCAGCGCUGCAUGCUUCGCUGUUGCCGGGCCCGUGCAGAACGGAAGAGGGAAAAUGACGAAUCUGAAGUGGACGAUUGAUCGUCAGGAAAUUGAGAAGAAAUUCGGUUGGAGAGUUGCAGUCAUCAACGAUUUUGAAGCCCAGGGCUACGGUGUUCUGGAGCUCGACGAUGCUGACUUGCAUAUUGUCAACAAGGGGUCACCUGUUCCAGGGGCUCCUAAAGUUGUUAUUGGGCCUGGUACUGGUCUUGGAGAAACCCAGCUGAUGUGGGAUGAGGGCCUCAAUGACUACAGGGUGUGGCCAUCCGAAGGCUCACAUGCCGAUUUUGCCCCAAGGGGAGCUGAGCAGGUUGCACUCAUGAACUGGGUUGUGGAAGGACUGGGGUAUUGUGAAAUCGAACAUGUAGCAUGUGGCAGUGGAAUUGAGAGGAUCUAUGCAUUCCUGACGAGGCCAGAAGGCGUCACAGCGCUAGGCAAAUUCCCAAAGAAGGCGAGAGACAUCUCUCGAGAAGCCCUGGAUGGUAGUAACUCGGAUGCUGUAGCAGCGGUGGAUAUCAUGCUUGCUGUUGUUGGUGCGGAGGCUGGACACAUGGCACUGAGAAGUCUGGCAAGAGGGGGUGUAUACAUUGCAGGAGGGAUAUGCCCCAAACUCCUGGACCGAGUGAAGACGGGGGUGCUGCAGGAGGCAUUCCUGCACAAAGGCAGCCGCUUUCACAGCCUGCUGAAGGACAUCAGAGUUUGUGUAGUGAAGCAGCAGGAUGUUGGGCUGCUUGGAGCCAGGCGCUUUGCAAUGCGACUCCUGGACAGUGAGUGA